AUGCAGAACAUCAGCAGCUACAAUGUGUACGGUGCAGGUCGCCCGGUCCAGGCCUCGCCUCGCAAGUCGGUCCGGUUUGUGAGUCCCGAUAAGCUGGAGAACGUGACGCCGACGAAGGUGGUUAUCUUCGCUGAUGCGGAGUCGUCCUGCAGUGAGGAAGAAGUGGAAGAAAGCGAAGAAGAAGAAGAGGAAGAAGAAGAGGCGGCGAGGACGUCCGUGCACCGACCGCCGUCCAAGAAGGCGCGUGUGGAGACGUCGCAGAGCACGACACCGAAGCGCGACUCGGUGGUGCUGCCCCCGGCUCCCCCGCCGUCCGCCGUGAAGUCACCUUCCGGAAAGCAUGGCGACUGCAGCCCUGGCAGCCGGUCGUCUUCGACGUCCCCGCCAUCGCCUUCAGGCGCCUCGCAGCGUACGCACUCGCCGGACUCGUCACCGCGUGUAAGCCAUGGCAGUCGCACUUCCGCUUCUUCUCGCUCGUCCUCCGCUGAAUCGCCGCAGUCCGCGCGCACGUACACAAUGCACCACGACGAACUGAAAGCGUACGUGAUGCAGCACACGAUUCGUCAGAGUCUUGCUUGCCUAACCAAGCGAGAGAUGAAAGUCUUUUUGAAAGAGGAGGGCUCGUCACUGGCAACGCAGCAUCACGUGCUAAAGAAGCAUCUGCUGACAGAAAUUCGCGCCCUCAUUCGAAAGCAAGCGGAGGCGUAA